GGGGCGUAAUGAUGGCCUGUAUUUUCAAACCAACUCAACAUGGAGGAAUAAGAGUAAAAUAGUAAGUCGGAUUUACGUCACUAGCUUUCCAUCAUACGCAAAUUAUCAAACUUUAUUCUGGGCUUAAAAGUAGUUUAUCGUACAUGAUGUGGAGAAAGCCUCACGCGGAAUCAAGGUGUUGCGAGCUUGGCAAACUUUGGUGACACAGAGCCAAAAAUUUCACAUGUAGCAGAAAAAAAAAAAAACGUUGUCUUAUCGCAUAGGAAACGGAGUUAUGGAUAGAACGAAGACGCCACACGUACGUCCCGGGGAAGUCACCACCUGCGCUUCUCGAGAGACUACGUCGACCGCGAUUUUCUUAACACUCGCUAUAACUGCUGCACUAUCCGCCACUAUGGGAAACACCCUCAUCUGUAUGUCCGUGUAUAAAACCAGGUCGCUAAGAACACCCGCCAACUAUAUUCUUGUCAGCCUCUCCGUAGCGAGCCUUUCAUUUGUUCCAGUGUUGGCGGGUUACUCCUUUUCUCUCACUAUCAAAGAAUGUGAUCCGAGGGCUAAAACCGUGUGCACGUGGUCUUCAAAAACUGAUUGGACUUUAUUCUGCGUGGUUAUGCUUCACUUACUGUUCAUAUCAUUGGAUCGACUGUUGGCCAUAAAGCAACCCAUGAGAUACCCUGUCUUGGUGACCACAAAACGCACUCUCAUUGCAAUUACAGUCCUGUGGAUCGUUGGCAUCUUGGAAGGUUUUUCGCCAAUUAUCAUUAGUGAAAUUAUAGGAAAAAAAGCUUACGCACUUCAGGUGCUGAUAGAAGGUUGUCUCCAAAACAACCUUAUUCCAAACGAGAGAGACUUACAACGCAUCAUCCCUCACUUCCUAACUCUCAUAACAAUUAUUGCCUUACUGCCCAGCGGUAUCAUGCUGAUUUCACAUGCUUGGAUUUUCAUGAUCUCCUUCAGACAAUACAAACAGAUAAGAACAUUGGAGGACACUUUCGCGCAAGGGCGUGUCACUGAAAUGCGCGCCGCCAGAACCGUAGCUGUCAUCGUGUUUUCGACGUUGGCUUGUUUUGCACCUCUGCUCGCUGUGACUCUCAUCACAACAUUUGAGCCGCCCAGCGGUCGCUCGCUGAACGCAAGUGAAACGAUUGUGAAGUAUAGGCUCUUUCCGAGCCUUAAAAUUCUGUACUUAUUAGCAAUAAGCUUCAACCCUUUGAUUUACGCUUUGAAAAGUGAGCCUUUCAAAGUAGCAUUCAAGAGGAUACUUCGACCUUGCUGGGCAAGCUGUCGAGCAAACCCCUCUAGGAUCGUUCACAAUGGAGAGCUCCCUGUUCGAAAUUAGCCCCCAGCCUUCCACAACAAAAGACUAAGGAGAAUUCAUUAAGAAACUAAACAUAGUGACGCAAUUCAGAAUGUUUUGUUAUAAUAGAUUUAGUUUACUUUAACGAGUUUUGCGCCGAAUACAUUAAAUCUGAAAGCGUCUCUCCGACACCUAUAAAAUCCAAGUUUUUUGUUAAAGCAACCAAACGAGUGCUGCACAUUACCAGUCCUCGUAUCGAUUAGAGCAUCAUUGUUGUCAAAGCAAGUACAUCGGUACUUUAUCUGGACUGAAAAAGGCGAAACCUUCUGGUCAAUCCCAUCUACCACAGAACUACUGUUUAUGGACAAGAAUACUUAACGUCAUUAGUUGAAGUUCUUCGUGAGAUCUUGUAGAUAAGUAUUGACUUGAUUCUAUGAAACUGAGCUUAGCAAAUUUUCCACCAGACUCUUUUUGUUCGGCCAGAUCCCCAUCUUUCUUAGAACGAUAUGUCAACUUCAACUAAAAGUCAUUACGACGGAGCAAUCACUUCUAAGGAUAAAGGUGUCAACAAUGCAGAUAUUGACCGGGUGUACUCCACUUUGAAGGUCUUAUUUAAUGCUCCAAACAGCUCAACUGUAGUCAUUCUCCUUCUUCGACCGCUUGCCUCGGAAGGACAUUGUUUUGUCGCGAGGAACAAUUCAUAGACAGACUGCGAUUUAAGAGGGCUUCGGUUAUUCACGCAUAUAGGAGGACUAUGUAGAAUUAUUUGUCUUGUUUUUAAAAGUCGAUUCAUCGUCAAAUUGGUAGUGAUAGAGACGAUUUAAAGAUUCAACCUCGUACUCUAUAAGCUCACAGCUUUUCAAUGUUCUCGUGGGAUAACGCCAUUAACUGAAAAAAAAUAGCGCAUUAACCUUUGCUGAUGUUCCUUUCCUCAGAAAACGCUGUAAUAUUGCAAAAGAAACAGAGUCAUGGACGGAAGGAGGAUGCGGAACUUGUUACGCAAUGAAAACAAACCUUGCGAUGCGCCAGAGCGCAUCUCGAGCGCAAUAUUUUUAACUCUAACUGCUGCACUUUCAGCCACAGUAAGGAACACCCUCAUCUGUAUAUCCGUGUAUAAAACCAAGUCGCUGAGAACACCCGCCAUUUAUCUUCUUGUCAGCCUCUCUGUUGCAGGCCUGUUAUUUGUUCCCGUGUUGGCGGGUUACUCCUUUUCUCUCACCAUCAAAGAAUGUGAUCCGAGGGCUAAAACCGUGUGCAUGUGGUCUUCAAAAACUGAUUGGAUUUUAUUCUGCGUUGUUAUGCUUCACUUACUGUUCAUAUCAUUGGAUCGAAUGUUGGUCAUAAAACAACCCAUGAGGUCUGUGGUGCAAAAAGCAAUUCAAAUCUAAGUUGAAUGGGUGAUUCAAGAAUGGCCUUCCAGUUUGGGCGUUGACUCUAUGAUAGUUACGUGAAUGCAUGUUGUCUCUUGUAAGGCUAAUCGCACAGGGCUAAAAUGAAGGGCAUGUAACGAGAGCAUGUACUAGCUCUUUUCAUGUUUACCUUAAAUUGUCAGGGGUAGGAGUAGGAAUUGAUUAGAGUUUCGCUUCUAAAUUGAACCCCCGGGGUAUUUCUUGUUACAGCUUAUUUUAGAGAUAGGACGCGCCAAUGAGAAGCAUCCUUGUUAGUUGUCUUCUCUUGAGAUUUCAAAGCUUAUUAUGAACUUCAGUAAAUUCAUUCUCCUAGAUUACCUUAACAACCCAUUUUAUGCAAAAAGCGACAAGCAAGCAAGCACAUGAAAUCUGGUUUCGAGGCAUUGAUUGAACGGCAAUUUAACAAAGCUACUCCGGAGUAAUCGAGAGUGCUAAUUGGAGGAACAUAUUGGAAAUGCAAACUGUCUCUCUUCUAUCGCAUUUCUCUCAUCUUCAUUUUCUCAACAGAUACCCAGUCUUGGUGACCACAAAACGCAUGCCCUUUACGAUUACUUUCCUAUGGAUCGUGGGUAUCUUAGAGGGGGUAACGGUAACGUCGAACCUGAUCAAACAAAUUAAAGGAAAGCGAGGCCACCCACUCCUAGAGCUAGUGAAUGGUUGUCCCAAAACAGCAUUAUUCCACGUAAAGCUCAUACACAACCCAUAAUACCACAUUACCUUACUCUCGUCAUGUUUUCAGCGUUGGCUUGUUUCGCACCUCUGCUCGUUGUGAAUCUCAUCACAACCUUUGAGCCGCCCAGCGGUAAGUCGCUGAACGCAGGUGAAACGAUUGCGAGGUAGAGACUUGAGAGUCUUAAAACUGUACUUGUUAGCAAUAAGGUUCAACCCGUUAAUUUACGCUCUAAAAAGUGGGCCUUUCCAGAUGGCAAUCAAGAGGAUACUUCUACCACGUUGUGCAAUCUGCCGUCCAAACCUCCCAGGGAACAAGUUCAAUGGAGAGCUUGCAGAUCGAAAUUAGCUCCCAAUCUUCCAAAACAAUAAGCGACUGAGGUCUAGUCAGUUACAAACCAAC